AUGGCAUCCGCUGCGGUUUCCUCCACUACAGGCCACGGCCCCGCCUUUACCUCCGCGCCCACGCCCAUCCUCACCUCCUCCACGAAAUCCAACAAUACCCCCAAGCACGUCCAAACAACCCUACACUACUACAAAGACCCCGGCGAUGGCUCCGCGCCCGCCCCUAGCUACGUCGGCCGCAUAGAGACAUUCGAACGCCCCUCCGAGGACCUCGACGUCACCAUCACCGACGUUCGAGGAAGCGAGGAUAAAUACACAUUGGAUGGCAACGGCUUCCAAAUCUACCCCCACGUCUCGGCAGAGAAAGACUUUGUAGACGACGACAAGCUGAAGGCGGAGUACUACCCCGAAACCGAACAACUCCUGAAAGACGCAACCGGCGCCUCCCGCGUCUUCAUCUUCGACCACACCAUCCGCCGCCCGCCUCCCCCCGGCGCGCCCGCCAACGCCCUCCGCGGGCCCGUGAACCGCGUGCACAUCGACCAGUCCUACACGGCCGCCGCCUCGCGCGUGCCGUACCACCUGCCCGACGAAGCGGCCGAGCUAGCCCAGAAGCGCUUCCAGAUCAUCAACGUGUGGCGGCCCAUCAAGACGAUCCACCGCGACCCCCUGGCCGUCGCGGACGCGCACUCGGUGGAAGAAAAGGAUCUGGUCGGCGCAGCGCUGAUCUAUCCGACGCGCAAUGGGGAGACGUUUGCGGUCAAGCCGAAUCCGGGGCACCGGUGGUACUAUAAGAGCGAGCUGGGUCCGCAGGAGGUGAUUCUGAUUAAGUGUUUUGAUUCGUGGGGGGAGAAGGGGGGCGAGAAGGAGGGGAUUGCGAGGAGGGUGCCGCAUACGGCGUUUGAGAUUCCGGGGCAGGAGGGCGAAGGGCGCGAGAGUAUUGAGGUGAGGGCGCUUGUGUUUUAUUAG